AUGUUCAGGGGCGCUUGGAUGUGGCCCGGAAAAGACGCCGCCGCGCUGACUAUCUGCUGCUGCUGCUGCUGGGCUCCCAGGCCGAGCGACAAACCUUGCGCCGACUCCGAGCGGGCGCAGCGAUGGCGACUGUCCCUGGCGUCCCUGCUCUUCUUCACCGUGCUCCUCGCUGACCAUCUGUGGCUGUGCGCAGGGGCCCGGCCCCGGGCCAGGGAGCUGAGCAGCGCCAUGCGGCCACCCUGGGGGACCAACCGUGAGCGGCAGCCGGUGCCUCCUCGUGCGGUGCCGCCGCUGCCGCCGCCGUCCGGCGAGCCCAGUGCGCCCCCGGGCACCUGCGGUCCCAGAUCCGGCAAUCUGACCAAAGCCGCUCCCGCCGCCGGUCCCGGGCUGGACUGCGGCGGCAUCCCAGAGCCCACGGGGCUGGAUGCAGCUUGCACCAAAUUGCAAUCUUUGCAGAGACUUUUCGAACCGACUACCCCAGCCCCACCUCUGCGGCCCCCCGAUUCCCCUUCCCGUGCUCCGGCCGAGUUCCCCUCCGCCCAAAAAAACUUGCUCAAAGGCCACUUUCGGAACUUCACUCUCUCCUUUUGCGACACCUACACGGUCUGGGACUUGCUGCUGGGCAUGGACCGCCCCGACAGCCUGGACUGCAGCCUGGACACCCUGCUGGGGGACCUGCUGGCCGUGGUGGCCAGCCCGGGCUCCGGGGCCUGGGAGGUGUGUAGCAACUGUAUUGAGGCAUACCAGCGGCUCGACCGACAUGCUCAGGAAAAAUAUGACGAGUUCGACCUCGUGCUGCAUAAAUACUUACAGGCGGAAGAGUACUCAAUCCGGUCCUGCACAAAAGGCUGUAAGGCUGUCUACAAGGCCUGGCUGUGCUCAGAAUACUUCAGCGUGACCCAGCAGGAAUGCCAGCGCUGGGUGCCCUGCAAGCAGUACUGCCUGGAGGUGCAGACCCGGUGCCCCUUUAUGCUCCCUGACAAUGAAGAAAUGGUGUAUGGAGGGCUCCCUGGCUUUAUCUGUACAGGGUUGCUGGAUACUUCACCAAAGCGGCUGGAAAGCAAGUGCUGUGACGUGCAGUGGGUCUCCUGUGAGUCGGAAAAGAAGAAGUUCAAGGAGUCUGAGGCCCCCAAAACUCACCACCAGCAAUUUCACCACUCCUAUUUCCACCACUACCACCAACAGUACCGCCACUACCAUCCCCGCCAUGACCCCCCAGGCCGUAUCAGCCACAAGCCCUCCCUGCUGCCGGUCUCUGGGGGCUCCCGCCUCAGCCCCAGCAGGAUCCGGCUCUAUGUCUUUGUUCUCAUGCUCCUCCAUACCAUGGUGUCCUUCUCCAGCAACCAGAGUGGUGGGGGACUGGGGCUGGAGGCACUGCCUACCCUAGAUGAGGGCCUGACUCUGGAAGAGUGA